AUGGUUUCGCCGGUGGAACCGGGGUUCACUGGCGUUCUGGUUACCACAGCAACGGGACGCGUUUCCAGGGCUUGUCGUGAAGCACUCGAGAGCUUUGCUGAACUCUGCUCUGAGAACACUGUAUGUGAAUUUGCUGGUGCUCAGGGCGUUCACGACGAUAGCCGACUGCUGGGCGUCCAGACUGCGAACGACAGCGGCACCGCUGACACCGCAUCGACUCUGAGUCCCAAGCAAGCGACGCCGCAGGCUGCAUCGUGGGUCAAAGUCCACGACACCGGCGUGCGGAAUACGUUUUUUGUACGCAUAGAGUUGGAGCAGGCACCCAGACCAGUGGAACUGGUGAAACUGCUCUUUGAACAAACGCGAAAGCAGGGUUAUGUAGCUGUACCGUCCUGUGAGAGCUUUUUCCCCAUAGAUGUUGUUUGCAAAGCCUAUACUCGUCACGCGGCACUCGCUUUGGCGGAUCAUGUAAGCGCAUGGUUGCAGGCACCGAUGAGCGGUACGCAUACGAAGCCGUGUCGCUUUGCGGUACGCUUCAGGUCCAGGAAUAAUGAUCGAGUGCAAGCGCACGACUUUAUCGACGUUAUCUGCCGUCAUGCGGUGCCACUGAUUGAGCGGGGCCUCGCUCGAGUGGAUCUCACCGAACCGGAUGUCAUUAUUUACGUGCAUAUUCUGGGAAAGCUGUGCUGCUGCGGUGCAGUGCCUCGGGAGCUGCACCAUCUCUCGUCGCCGCGCCUCAACAUUCACGCGUGUAUCCCGCGCCUCGCAGUCCAGGAGAAACGGGCCUUCGGGGAGCCACGAAUUCAUGCAGAGCCCGUGGCUGAUCACUCAGCAUCAGGGAAACGUCGGCGAGUAACAGACUCGCAAGCAGAACGAGAUGGAAAGAGCACCGGCAUUUCAUCCUGUGAUGGUGUUCAAGCUGAGUCGAACGGCGUGCCGCCGCCGUGA